GGGUUUACGCACCGACGUUAAGUUUCAUUUCUAGGGAAAGAAAAACACGACACUUUUUAUUUCCUUUUUCAGCUUUAACUUUCAUUUCCUCUGAGGAUAACUCAUGGCGUCCUCAGUAGAAGACGACCUCACGUGUCCGGUGUGUUUAGAGAUUUUUCAGGAUCCACAGAUCCUCUCAUGUGGACAUACUUUCUGCCUCCGGUGUGUCGGACAUCAUCACCGUUUCUUCACCUUUUGCACUCGGAUAUGUCCCAUGUGUCUGCAGGUGAUACACCAGGAACCGGUGACCAACCUGGCUCUGAGGAACACCUGUGAGACCUAUCAGAGGGAGAAGGAGAGAAAGGAGAGAGAAGAGAGAAAGGAGAGAGAAGAGAGGGAGGAGGACGAACGCACUAAAUGUUCAUUGCACAGAGAGAAAAUCCUGUUUUUCUGUAGGGAUGAUGGAGUGACCAUAUGUCCUCAAUGCAGGAAAACUACUCAUAUGUCACACAAAGUUCAGCCUCUUACACACGCUGUACCUCAGCGCAAGGACCAAAUUAAAGCAGCUCUGCAUCCAGCUGAGAAAGUUCUAGAGUCUUUGCGGAAUGGCACAGCACUGGAGCGUAAAGUCACCAAAUACAUUGAGUGUCAAGCUGAGCAGGCAGAGAAGCAGAUAAAGGACGAGUUCGAGAAGCUUCAUCAGUUCCUCAGAGAAGAGGAGGAGGCUAGAAGAGCAGCACUGAGGGAGGAAGAGGAAGAGAAGAAAGAAAAACUGGAAGGAUGGACUGAACAAGAGUUAAAGUCCAUCUCUGAUAGGUUGCUGGAGGUGGAAGAAGAGAUGGCGAAUGAUGAUGUCACAUUCCUGUUGAAUUUUGACCAGAUUAUGAGACGGGCUCGGUACAGAAGGUCCGAUUCACAGCUGAGCUCCGGGUCUCUGAUCAACGUCUCCAAUCAUGUUGGAAAUCUGAGAUUCAGAGUGUGGGAAAAGAUGAAAGAUCUCUGUCCUUACUACCCAGUAGUCCUCGAUCCAAACUCUGCCCACAUCUCUGUGUCCGGUGAUCUGGUGUCUGGGAGCAGAUCCGUCCACAGGUUUUACUCCUCCAACCCCCUACAGAAGAACUCUAACCUGUUGGUUCUCGGUUCAGAGGCCCAAAAUGCCUCCCUCAACUACUGGGACGUGGAAGUGGGAGACAGCAAGCACUGGACCAUCGGUGUGUGUCGACGCUCAGCAGCUGGGAGAAACCACCCGCAGGACCUGACCCCUCAAAAUGGGUUUUGGGGUCUCUGCAGAAAUGGAGAUUUCUAUUACAUCUUAGGGUCCACAGAGACUCCGCUUCAGUUAAGGAGGUCUCCAAAAAUAGUGCGGGUGAAGCUGAUGCAACGCCUCGAUCUCAACAGCUGGAAACUUUCCUGGAUGUUGAGCUUUUCAGAUGCUUCCAAUGGAUCUGUGAUGGCUUGUAUUCGUGAUGUAGCCUUUAGGAGGGAUUUAUUUCCAUUUCUGAUCCCAGAGGAGAAAAACGCUUCUCUGCGCAUUGUUCCUGUGAAUGUAAACAUCACCAUGGAGAAGAAAUUAACCUUCUCAGACAGGCACAUGGACCUGAUACCUCUUUAUAUCAUUGGAUUCUUCGUGGUGCUUUUGAUGGUUUUGAUGCUUUGGCUGUUAAAAAAAUAAAAUGAAGGAAGUGAAAGUCAGAGGUUUUUUUUGGGUUGCAUUAUAAGAAGCACCUGAUAAGAAUAAUGUUUAAAUACUCAAGAUUAGACUGAUUAGAUUCUAAGCAGGAGUUUGCUUAUGUUUUAUUUACUAAACAAUCAUCAGAGGUAAAAAUGUACCAGGAUUUUCUUUAAUUUGAUGGUGAUCCUCUGUGUUGUUAUAUACUGUAACUGUAUAAUGAAAAGACACUAAUAUUCUAUUUUUUGCCAUAGUGACACAUUAUAAAUGUGUACAACUGUAUAAAAAAGAAACUAAAUAAAUAUGAAUAGUUCUGCAUGAAA